AUGCUAAAUGCAGAAUUAAAGCAAAACUUAAAGAUAAGCCUUGAUUUGUUACCGUCAAAGGAAGAGUUUCAUAAUGUUCAAGGUUUUGGCUGUUUUGACAUAGAUGACUCUAUUGCAUGGAAAUCAAUAAAUGCAGUAGAAAAGGCCGCAGACCUUUUUACUGAUAACUUAAGCAAUAACGAUGAAAGUAAUGACCUGACGUUUAAAGAAGAUCUAGCCCAAUGGGCUGUGCAAUGUUCGGUGCCUCUAGCAACAUUAACAUCAUUAUUAAAAGUUUUGCAUAAUCACUUUAGUGUAGAUCUGCCAACACAAGCUACAACGCUAUUAAAAACGCCUCGCAAGUUAGAUAUUAUUCAAAAGUCAGGUGGUGAUUAUACCUACUCUGGAAUAAAAGAUGGUAUUUUGAGAACUAUUUUUAAAAAAGAUCUAGAUUUUGUUGAGUUAGUAUUCAACAUUGAUGGCCUCCCUAUCCAUAAAAGUACAAAUGCUUGCCUCUGGCCAAUUCAAUGUCGUGUUGAUAAUGUGCGUGAAAACAGUCCAUUUGUUGUGGCGUUGUUUUGCGGUGUACAGAAGCCAACUAGUUUGGAAUUCUUGGAAGAGUUUACUUUAGAGUUAAAAUUCCUAAUGGCAAAUGGCAUUAAUGAUUAUAAUGGAAAAACCAUACAAGUAAAUACGAAAUAUUUUAUCUGCGAUGCGCCAGCAAAAGCUUUGAUUAAAGGCAUUGCUCACUAUAAUGGUCGCUAUGGUUGUGGUUAUUGUAAUGUAAAAGGAACUUAUGAUGGUCGAAUGAUGUUUUUAUACACUGGUACUCAGCGCACUGAUCAGACAUUUAGAGAAAAAAUUCAGAAAAGUCAUCACAAGUAUAUCAGUGUCUUGGAAUCACUUGAAAUAGAAAUGGUACAACAGUUCCCUCUUGACGUGAUGCAUUGUGUGGAUCUAGGUUGUACUAAAAAACUACUGUUAACUUGGAAGGAAGGCCCGCUUCUUUUUCGAUUGUCAUCAGGGCAAAUUACUUUAUUAAGCACUUACUUAUGUUCUUUAAAAGAAUACAUUCAUAUAGAAUUUAAUCGUUUGAAAGAAGUUUGAAAGAUCUCAAGUUAUGGAAAGCCUCUGAAUUUAGAACUUCUCUUUUAUAUUGUGGACCAGUAGUUUUGAAAUAUAUACUCAGCAAAGAAAAAUACAACCACUUUCUUUGUUUAAGUGUAGCUAUUCGGAUCUUAUACAGCAAAGAUUUGAUGACUGAGUAUAAAGGUUAUGCUCAAGAGUUUCUUAGUAGCUUUGUGGACAACACCAGACUGCUCUACUCCGAUCAUCUAUUAACUUAUAAUUUUCAUUGUUUAAACCAUUUAACUUUAACAGCAGAGAGAUAUGGUUGUUUAGAUGGAGUGACAGUCUAUCCAUUUGAAAACAAUAUGUCAGCUAUAAAAAGAAUGAUACGGGGUCCUUCUAAAGUAGUAGCUCAGAUUGCUGGACGACUCACAGAAAUAAACAAUAACAGGUCAGCAGUCUGUAAAAAAAAGCUAAAUUUUAAUCCAAAGAUCAACGAAUGCUAUCGUCUGAAGAGCGGAAAUUUUUGUGUCAUUGACUCAAUAAAUAGUAAUGCUAAAAGUGUUCUUGGUCAAGUCUAUAUCAGAACAGAAAAUUUAUUCAGCUCUCCUUGUAAUUCUAAACUUGUUGGUAUUUACAAGGUUAACAACAAGCAUACAGAAAUGUUGUAUAUACCUUUUGAUGAUUUUGUAUCAAAGGCCAUAAGAAUACCGCUGUCUCUUUUUGAAUCUGAUAAUCUAGCAGCAGCAGUUAUUUUAUCACUUGUGCACAGUUGAAAUGCUCUACAAGUUAACUAACCAUAUUUGGUACUCGUUAGAUGCUAAAUGAGCUAUAAAGUGCUUUAAUGAUUUUAAAAAUGGAACAUUCAACAUUUGUAAAUUUAUUUGUAAUUGAAUUUUAAUGCCUCUUUGUAUUAUUUUGAUUUCAAUUUUUUUGAUAAGUCAAUAUUUAUGCUUUUA